CUUCUCUUGAAAACCCCUCAGGGUACUCGUACCACUGGUUGAGAAACACUGCUCUGGAAGGCUGCAAGGACUGUUCUGCUGCUGUUUAUUGCAGCUGCAUGAUGGACUGUUUGCAGCCUAAGCCCAAAUGUGAACCCAUGUCCCCCAGAAUGCAUUUGAGAUUACUCACUGUGUCAUCUAGCUGUUCUUAGAGCAGCUGCUUCUAGCUGUGGUUCUUCUGGCAGGAAACUUCCCUUGGUGCCUGUUUCCUCUCUCCGUCCUCCCCAUCCCUUUUUGCCUUUUUUUUUCAGAGAAGGUGCCACAUAGAUAAUGGGGAGACUCUAAAUAUGGAACAGGAGGAAGGUCUCUGCCAGAUACUCAAUACACAAACAGAACAAGGUCACUGGCCUUUACCAAGUCGGUCUGUUCACAGGUCUAGAACUGCCAUCUUGUCAGCUCGCUGAGGGGUGGCUGUGAGGGGAAAAAGGAAGGAGAAUGGCCUCACCAGACGUUCCCAUAAAGAGUUUGUUUGGGCAGCGAAACAGUCCUAAUCUCAAAGUGACUGUACCAAAUGAGACAGUGCUGCGGCUGUCCUCUGACUUCCGAUGGGGAGAACAAGAGGCCGGCUCUUCUCUUUGAACCCAGCAAAGUGCAUCAGCCAUGGUCUAUAGUCACAGCUGGAAUCUGAUCUCCUGCGUGUGUAGGUGUCCCUUCUGCUUGCAUCAUGGUCUGGAGCAUCCAGUAGAAAUCGCUUGCAACAUAACGGAAUGAACAGAGCGAAUACAAGUCUCACUUCAUCACAUCUCUUCCCCCUUUUAAGACCAAACUGAGCAGGGUCACUUAACCAGUGGCCUGGGGGAGGUCAGGCCCCCCUCUCCGCACCAGAGCAUCAGCCAUUACUUGGCACUGUCACACCACCUCCAUGUCCUAGUCCUGCAUGAGCAAACUUCAUCUCAGCAGCUUGGUGCUGGGUCCUUUUAUUUGUGGUGCAAAUUCCCUGGAGCUGUCUGGUUGCUCCCAACUGGGACAGGAAGCAGCUCCGUGGUACAGCCCCGAAAGCAGCAGUGUCAGCUUCCUACGUGCCCCCUUGCCUGCGCUUCUCAACCCUGGUAGGAACAACUGAAAAGUUAACUCAGCCUCUAGAGCACGUGCAGUCCUUGGCUUCUAUGCAGGGACCAGCCCCAAGGGAUUGCAGUGAUGACUGUCAUGAUGUGGGCAGCAGUCUGCUAGGAACUGGGCCAAGAGUAGCUCCUUUCACAUGGGCCACGGAACAGCCUGAGUUACGUACAAAUGAGCAGUUUAGAGAUGAAAAGCCCUGUGCUCUAUUCCUAUUCCCUGGAAAGCUCCCUGUCACAUUCCCAAUCUACUGAGUGUCUAAUCCACUCAAGUAUGUGCCCUUCUAUGGGCAUCGCACGGCUCUCUGGGUUUUUAUUUUUAGUUGGAAUUUGUCCAAAUUGCAGGUCAGAGGAGGCUGAUGUAUCACUCUUAAAGUCAUACAUCUCUCCCAUAUAGUUAACUGGGGGCCGUGUGCAUACAGGUCAACAGCAGGGUGGCCUCUUUAAGAGCAUUCAGGUUUGAAUGCGUGGAAGGCUUGGGUAAGCCACAGAACAUCCUUGUAAACGCAGAGGAGGAAUUGUGAUUUGGUAAAGGUCCAUUAUGUCUGAUUCAUUUGAUUUAAUCGUCCCUCUUGGCUUGAUAAUCCUCAAUUCAAAUGGAUCCAGGCUCUGACUAAACAAGGUGUUUGUAUCACACCCAGCACAGUGAGACCAGGAAAAGCUCUCUCCAAAAUGUCUUCCUCCAUCAGUGAACCUACAACAAUGGCACACAUCUUUGCCAGAGUCCUGGCUUUUAAAGAGAGACAGCUGAAGUAUAAGAUUUCGGGGUUCAAAGCUGCAUACACUGAUGGGAAUUGGGUUUCCAAAUGCCCUUGGCCGCUUUGAAAAAUUUCAGCAUAGGAUUUUAGUUCGGUAGUGAAGUCCCUCACCCUGGCCGCCUUUGUGUUUAAUUAUUUUCCUGUAGUGGCUGCACCCCAAAUGAAGCAACAUCACUGGAGGCUUAGAAAGCAAAAGCGACCAGUCCUGAUUUCAUUAUCCAAUUUGAAUGAAACUCACCGAACAAACAGGUGGCAUCAAUGAUGAAAAGUAAAUUCAGAUUUGAAAGCAAGUAUAUCUUUAAAUCAUGCUGAUGUUUGUAGCCCAGGGACGGCAAAAGAAGGCCAGGCUGCCAGAGAACAGCGAAGGCUCCAAAGACUCAGACAGCUCAGCCGGUCGCCGGGGGAGCGCGAGCCGGAAGCAUGGCCGGUGGAAGGGCCGGCCGGAAAGCCCUGGCGUGCUGGUGGCCAAGGUGGUGAGAACCGUCACUGUGAAACACAAACCCGGGCGAAGGCUGCCCAUCGCUCUGGACUCCUCGCACCGGGGGAACCUGACCGAGCUGCGUGGGGAUACCCAGCUGGCCAUCUUCCAGCACGGCGACACGGGCAGCGUGGAGGGGGCUCCCCAGCCCACCGAGAACAGCUUCACCCCCAAAUGUGAGAUCACGGGCAAGGACGCGCUCUCGGCACUAGCGAGAGCCAGCACCAAGCAGUGCCAGCAGGAGAUUGCCAACGUGGUGUGUCUGCACCAGGCAGGGACUCUGAUGCCCCGCUCUGUGCCCCGGCACUGCCAGCUGUCAGGGAAGGUCAGCCCCGUGAUCCAGUGGGACGAGAGCAGGAUGCACCAGAGCUCCGUGAGCAAGCCAGUGAGGAUUGCGUACAUGCUGGUGGUCCACGGGAGGGCCAUCCGCCAGCUGAAGCGGCUCAUCAAGGCUGUGUACCACCAGCAGCACUUCUUCUACAUCCACGUGGACAAGCGCUCCAACUACCUGCACCGCGAGGCCGUGGAGCUGGCCCAGCACUACCCCAACAUCCGGGUCACGCCCUGGCGCAUGGUCACCAUCUGGGGCGGGGCCAGCUUGCUGAAGAUGUAUCUGCGCAGCAUGAACGACCUGCUGGAGGUCCCAGACUGGCCCUGGGACUACUUCAUCAACCUCAGCGCCACUGACUACCCGACCAGGACCAACGAGGAGCUGGUGAUGUUCCUGUCCAAGUACCGAGAUAAGAACUUCCUGAAGUCUCACGGCCGAGACAAUGCCAGGUUCAUUAAGAAGCAGGGCCUGGACCGCCUCUUCCAUGAGUGCGACUCCCACAUGUGGCGCCUGGGCGAGCGGCAGAUCCCGGAGGGCAUCGUAGUGGAUGGCGGCUCAGACUGGUUCGCGCUGACGCGGAGUUUCGUGGAGUACGUGGUCUACACGGAGGACCAGCUGGUGUCCCAGCUGCGGCAGUUCUAUACCUACACGCUGCUGCCGGCCGAGUCCUUUUUCCACACCAUCCUGGAGAACAGCCAUGCCUGCGAAACCCUCGUCGACAACAACCUCCGGGUGACAAACUGGAACCGUAAGCUGGGCUGUAAGUGCCAAUAUAAACACAUAGUCGACUGGUGCGGGUGCUCCCCAAAUGACUUCAAACCCCAGGACUUCCUGCGGCUACAGCAACUCUCCAGACCCACGUUCUUCGCCAGGAAGUUUGAGUCGACGGUGAAUCAGGAAGUUCUGGAGAUCUUGGACUCGCACCUCUACGGUAACUACCCACCCAACACGCCAGCCCUCAAGGCCUAUUGGGAGAACGUCUAUGACCGUGUGGACGGGCUGAGCGGGCUCAGUGAUCUCAUCCUGACUGUGUACACGUCCUUCUCCAGGCUAGGGCUGCAGAAAGGGACCUCAUCCCAGACGCAGAAGGGGGAGAAGCUCUGCAGAUUUGAGCCCCAUGGCUUCCCAUCCAGCGUGCACCUGUAUUUCUAUGACGACCGUUUCCAGGGUUAUCUGGUGAUGCAGGAGGUACAGAACUCUGGGACAGGGCAGCUGGAGUCUCUGGAGAUGUGGAUGAUGCCACGAGGGGCUCUGAAGCUGGCAGGUCAAGGAGGACAAACUAACCGGCUACAGAACCUGGAGGUGGGCACGGAGUGGGAUCCCAAGGAGAGGAUCUUCCGGAAUUUUGGGGGCCUGAUCGGGCCCUUCGAUGAGCCCGUAGCCAUGCAGAGAUGGUCCCGGGGGCCCAACCUCACCGCCACUGUGGUUUGGAUUGACCCCACCUAUGUCAUCGCCACGUCCUACGACAUCACUGUGGACGCGGAGGCAGAGUUCACGCAGUACAAGCCCCCUCUCAACCGACCCCUGCGCCCCGGUGUCUGGACCGUCCGCCUCCUCCAAUUCUGGGAGCCCCUUGGAGAGAACCAGUUCCUGGUCGUGCCUCAGACCUUCAACCAUAAACAGCCUGUUGGGAAAGAUGACAGCAGCUGGUUACAUGGGGGUCCCCCCCGCAGUGAGUACAUGGAACAAAGCUUCCAGGGACUGAGUGGGAUUUUGAACCUGCCACGCCCAGAUGAGGUGGCGAAGGAGGCCCUGCAGAAUGCACAGCUGACGGGCAAGGCCCUGGAGGACUGGACAGACAGCAGCAUCGGCAGCUUCUGGUCGGUGGCGGAUCGCUGCGUGAGCAGCCCUUCCAGCUGCUCCUCCCUGGAAAUUUGCAGCAAAACCUCCUGGAGUUCACUUUCUCCAGACCCCAAAUCAGAACUGGGGGCCGUCAAAGCUGACGGGCGACUGAGGUAGCAGAGGCAGCCUGGGUCAGAUAAAAUGGAACAAGGGAGCGUCCCCCACGGUGAACGUCGGGGAGAAACGCGCGUGCCCCCAGUGGGGAUUCUCUUGACUGCCGUCCCGUGAAAUUGCACUUUAUUCACUCUGGGAAGAGAAAGAGGAACCUUCAAGCGGCGGAAGAAUUUUCCCGUUUCGUUUUAGGGGGAGGUGCUAGAACAGGAGUCCCGCCCACCUCUCUCAGGAAUGGGCACUGAGUGGCUGGAGAGAGCAUGCGGAAGUGCUCGUCAUCAGGGCACAUGGAGGGCAACAGCAGACUGGGGAGCAGUGUAUUUAUUGAAUCCGUGCAGGUGUGACUCAGGUGUUGGGCGGAACCCCGCUGAGCUGCCAGCUCUGGGGUACCCCCUGUGCAUCCCCUGCCCUGCCCCUCCCCAUCUGUGGCUGACCCUCUGGGGGUCAGAACUCCUGCUGCUGAUCUUCCACAUUCCUGAGCAAUUGCUGGCAGAGGACUGUGGGAACAUGGGUUGAUGGGGAGCACCAGAGGCUGGGGCUGCCCUGCCUGUGUCCUUGCUGCUGGCUUGAUGCCUGCAUCUCAUCCCCCUCCACCCUAUCCCCUUAGUUUGUAUUUUUAUAAAUAUAUAGAUAAAUAUAUAUGAAGCCAAGUGCAAUAGAGACAAAGGCCCAAGUUGGCCCUUUUCCUCAUGGUGACUGCUGGGAAUCGAACUUUGCCAUCCCUGGGCCGAGUCAGUUCCCUUCCCGCUCGCCCCAGGCUGCUUCAUUGGGUGGGUUCUUUGUAGCAGCCGCGUGCCAAGGCUCCCUGGAGCGGGGCUGCCAACUGUGCCAAACAUUUGCACCUGCUGGUGUUUCCCGUGCAAUGGGGGGAGCCUGGAAGCCAGGACGUGACGCCCCAGGUCCCUUCUCAAGAGGCUGAAGUCUGAGAGAGGCCCUGCAAGGGAUGCUGCUCGGCUGGAUGAAUAAACCUGCCCACUCUGGCAAGUGUCUGCUCUGCCCCAGAUGGGUGCUCCGGGCUGUGUCCAGUUAGCCCCCAGUGUGAAUUUCCUUCCCCUGGGUUGGCAGAAACCCACAGCCUUUCCCCAGGCCUGUUGUGGCUUCCUCCACCAGGAGCCACGAGUUAGGCCCGCUUUGUCCUGCCCCCUCCCGUUCACAUCUGAGUGUUAUGUCCCCCUUCUCCAGGGGGCCUAGAGCCCGGCCUUCAGAAGCUGCCCAGACACUAUAUGGAGAUGGGGGCUUUAUAAGCUGCCUAUGUGACAACAUCCUUCAAGGCCGGGAGAGGAUGGGGUCUGUUGGAUUUCCGCCCCCCUUUCGAGACCCCCUUACCUACGAAACUGUCUUUGAUUCAUAACCCUGGGCGGAUCUCAGCAGGUAGGUCCCGGAAGCUGAGACCUGACUGGAAUUCGCCCAGUGGAGUAGUGGUGACCGGUUCAAGGGUUGGGUAUUUUCUAGUUGUCCAGCAAAUGGGCCAAGAUGAAUUCUCUGCCUUAGAGGUGACUCUGUGUGCCAUAGUGGGCUGCAGAAGGAACACACGGACCCGCUUAGUGCAUCCAUCUCCCCUGCUCUUUGUUGGGAAUCAGCCCCCGUUUGAAAGUUCUGACCCAGCUAUGAACGUUCCCAGGAUUAGGGAUGGUCCCUUGGGGAGGGGAGGUGUCGGUGUGACCCAUUCUAGAGCAAGGGCUCGCUUGUGUUUCUCCAAAACCUGGGGCGGGUCUGGGUUCAUCUCUGCUUUGAUCUUGAUCAUCUCUGGUUGAAGAGGGGGAGAAGGUGCUGCUGAAGGGGACCUGCCAAGGUAAGUUCCUUCUCUAGCCACAUGGGGCUUUCCAGACCCCCAGUGAUCAGACACCUCCAUUCCCUUCCAGCAGAUAAUCCCAGUGAGGACCAACUAGGUUUAUGCCUAUGCCCUCCCCCUCCCCUUCGGCCUUCCUCUCCUCACUUUUAGCUGGAUACUUGGGGCUGCUGCAGUGUGGCCGGGGUGAGUUUCACCCUGGCGUAUGUUCUGUGUUCACAAGUAACCUGGUGGAAGGAAAUAAAGGGAAGAAACGGAACCUGUUCCAAAAAGGUAACCCCGAAAGCUUUGUCGGAAGCAUUAUGUAAAGUUGUCUUAAAUAUGCAACACCACUGCAAAUAUAGCGCUCUCUCUAUGGCA